AACAUGUCAGCACAUUGGACAGCACAGCCCUGCCCUCAGAACCAAACCUCAAGAUCAACAAGGGCAAAGCUGUUUUCACUUGGGUCCCAAGAGCAACCUGUUGUCAUUUAAUGAAGGGGAGUCUGCAGGUAUCUUUUUCCCUACCCAAGAAAUCCACAUCUUCUAAGUCUUUGGAUUUUAAAUCUUUCCUCAGCUCAACAAUGACUGCUUCAGUUUUCUCUAAUCGUGGGUCUGUCAACACGCUGAGUGUCGUGCUCCUGGUCUUAGCUGGUCUGAGCGGGAGCAGUCCAAUCAAGCCUGCUGAGAACCACCGCAGGACAUCGAUUGGUGCGAAUGCAGGUGCCAAUUCGUUCCUCAAUGCGCAGAAUUUUCUGAGCCAGUUUUUGUCCACCCUGAAUCUCACAAGAUUGAGACCCCAUACCAGGCCCGAGGCAGCCCAUAAGGAGCCCCUGCCAGAGUACAUGCUGGAACUCUACAAUCGAUUUGCCAAUGACCGCACUGCUGCGCCAUCUGCCAACAUCGUGCGCAGUUUCAAGAAUGAAGAUUCUUCCAGCUACAGCGUAAGAGCCAGAGGUGUGCGAAUACAUCCCCUGUCGUUCAAUAUCUCCAUGCCACAUCAUGAGCACAUAACUAUAGCUGAGCUUCGCCUUUUCACUCUUGUGUGGAGAGCCCAAAGACCAUAUGCUGGCUUUGACUGCAAGGUGACAAUCUACGAGAUACACGAGGGUGUUGUUUGGACAAAAGAGGUGGGGAAAGAAGGGAGAGGGAGGGAUAAAGAGGAGGUGGUGCAAAUGAAAGAUUUGGAAGAACUGGUGACAAAGCAUAUCCAUGCCCAAGAUAAUGGCUGGGUGUCAUUUGACCUCACUCAUGUGGUUACACUUUGGAGGAAGUCAGGGAGUGCAACCCACAGACUGGAGGUUCAUGUCGCAAAUCUGGAGUCAGAUGAGGAAGUGGCCACACAGAAAGCCACAGAGGAAGGCGAAGGUUUGGUUGAGAUUGACAUUGACAGGAACUUGGAGGGCAGUCACAAUCCAGUGGUGAUCAUAUUCUCAGACAAUAUAAGUAGAGACCGCAAACAGGACAAACAAGAGCUCAAUCAGAUGAUCAAACAUGAGAAUGGCCUUCCUGAAUAUGUGAGAAAGAGUCAACAGUCUCAGUGGGAGCAUGCAAGUGACAACACAGACCACACUGACCAGGACAAGCUGGACGAACAGUCUGUCAUGCAGCUGCAGUCCAACCUUAUCUAUGACACACCUCCUCGAAUCCGUCGCAAUGUUAAGAGCGAGUCAUGCAGGAGGACGCCUCUCUUUGUGGAUUUUAAAGACAUUGGCUGGGAUUCAUGGAUCAUUCAGCCUCUGGGCUACGAAGCAUACAAGUGCAACGGUGUGUGCAACCCACCCAUGACGUCUGAGGUCUCGCCUACCAAACAUGCCAUAGUGCAGACACUGCUGAGUCUCAAGAGUCCCAAGAAGGUGUCACGUGCCUGCUGUGUACCUACUAAACUGGAGCCAAUAUCCCUCCUCUAUCACGAUAAUGGUGUAAUCACAUUCAACCACAAGUACGAAGGAAUGGUGGUGGCAGAGUGUGGCUGUAGAUAGUAUUACUGCAAUAUAAAGACGAUCAAUCAAUCUAUCUAUCUAUCUAUCUAUCUAUCUAUCUAUCUAUCUAUCUAUCUAUCUAUCUAUCUAUCUAUCUAUCUAUCUAUCUAUCUAUCUAUCUAUCUAUCUAUCUAUCUAUCUAUCUAUCUAUCUAUCUAUCUAUCUAUCUAUCUAUCUAUCUAUCUAUCUAUCUAUCUGCUUUUUCCACAGUAUGUGACAUCUAUCGGGGUGGAGUUACUUGUAAACUAGAGAUGAACAUGUGAUGUAAAUUUGCAGUUGUAUAAAUGCAAAUCAGUAAAUAUUGUGUAAUGUAGAAACCUUUGGAAUCAAUGAGUCAUGAUUUAAUAUAUUUAAUUUGACGUGUUUAUACUUUAUAGUGCUUUGAAACAAGUUCCACAUUUUAUUCUAUAAUAGGCCAUGUUCUUAUUGAUCAAGAUCAGAAAUUAAUUGAAGACAAGAAAUAUAGUUUGAAAAGGACAUAUCUGGACACAUUUGGGAACAAAUUUCUGCCUUUUCAGAUAAAGUAUGAGUGGGGGAUAAAAAGGCUAUAUAUAAAAGCUCUAAUAUGAACAACUUCUAAGAUAAAAAAGAUAUGGAUAUUUAAGUAAGAUAAGUAAAAAUAAAUAAAUGAAAGAGUGAGUGCAGGAUUUCACUGUCCAGAACACAGUGAUAUUUAAGGCAGAGGUGGAACAGAAUAUAAAAAACAUCAAUAAACUGGUUAAUUCCAGUUGAAUAAUUGGUUCAAGAAAAAUUCACAUUUUAGAGCAGAUUUUUAAAACUAUGUGGACCACUGAACUGAAAGCACACUUGUUUUUCUUUUUAUAUAUACAUGUAUCAACCCCCUAAUUUAUUAUUAAAUAAUUGAUUGUUUAAAUGCUUUAGAAAGGUGUGUACAUGCUGCAAAUUUGUACAUUUUGUCUGUGUAUCUUGGAGCCACUGAGAUAAUUUAAAGACUGUGAUAUUUUGUCUCAUGUCAUGCCAGACUGAGAGAAAUGCAUUUUUGAUGACUUUUGAUGAGGAGGGGAUUUUCACGGUUUCUUGGAGGUCCCUGUGGCUUCUUGUCUAAUUGUUUAAUGUUUCUUUCCUAACAUAGACUCCAGUUGCUGUGAAAUAAUUCUUUAUACAAAGCAUUUAUAUUCUGCUUUUGUUUCACACACCAAAGUGACUGUUACUAUGGUUUUACCAAUAA